AUGGCUGAGAGUGGAAAGGGCUAAGUCGAAAUCCAGGGGCUGACUGUACGUGGGUGACUGCUGCCGCGUUUCCCUUUACAGUCAGUUUCGAUUUUAGAUGUUGCCACUUCCUGAAAGUGUCUGGCUGACAGUGCGCUGUGAGUGGAGAGCGCAUCACCGACUGUAAUGCGAAGGCUUCCCCCAAGUCCAGCUUCAGCAGCUCCGGGAGGUUUGUCGAGCAACAUAACUGAUGGCCUCCGAAGAUAGCUGUGGAGUCAAAUCAGGUGUAUUCAUUCGUCAAGAUAGUUCCAGCACAUCACUCUCUCUAGGGUUUGACCCAUAUCAGGCUGGAUUAAAUCUUCAAUUUGUUGAACCAUUAGAAGAUAGGUACAAAUGUGUCACUUGUUCAUUUGUACUUUGCAAUCCAUACCAGACUGGAUGUGGGCAUCGGUUUUGUGAAAAUUGUAUUGCAGAAUUAACAGAGACUAAACCUAUUGCUGUUUGUCCCAUUGAUCAUGAAAGGAUUAUUACAAAUUGGCUAUUUAGAGAUAAUUGUUGCAAGAGGGAAGUAUGGAAUUUGAUGGUGUACUGUAAAAAUUCACCAGCCUGCAAUGUAAAAACAUCAUUCGGACGUUUAGGGGAUCACCUUAAAAAAUGCGAGUUUGAACAUGUAACAUGUAUCAAUGGUUGUGAUGCUAUCUUACAUAGAAAAGAUUUAAUGGAUCAUUUGCAAACUGUGUGUGAAUACAGAGAAGAAGCCUGCCAAUAUUGCAAAGUGAAACUGAUCUUUAAAAACAUUAAGGAGCAUGAAGCAGUUGCAUGUCCAAAUUUUCCGAUCCAAUGUACAUACAAUUGUGGUAAAAGUUUAUUAAGAAGUGAGCUUGACACACACUUGAUGGAAUGUCCAGAAGCUGAAGUGGAAUGUAGCUACAAAAAAUAUGGUUGCCGUGUCAAGGAAAAGCGGUGGAUGAUAAGGGAACAUGAACAUUCUUAUUUAAAUGAACACUUGUUGCUCGUUGUUACAAUCAAUACUAAAUUAGAAGAACAGAUUUUAGACUUAAAAAACACUUUAUGUGAAAGGAAUCAAGCCAUCAUUCAAUUAGAAGAACAGAUCAGCAAACUUGACAUGGAAAUGAGGCGAUUAAAUGGGCAUAUUUCCAAAAAUGAUGAUGAAGUUGCAAGAACACAGAAAAUGCUAGCUGGGCAUACUGACAAAAUAAUAAAGAUUGAGCAGCAAUCACAACAACUUUGUAGAAGAUUUGAUGAAGAAGGGAGAAGUGAAAUCUCAGCCCUGAAGGAAAUCAUCAGUGUAUUAAAGGAAAAAGUGGAUCGUGCUGAAAAUAGCAUUGCAUCACUAGCCACUUUCGAGCCCUGCCUGAAGCAACAUGAAUCAUUACUAACUGCUCAUAAGAAACUUCUGGAGAAGAAUGAUGAAAGAUUUCGAGUUAUUGAAGCUACUGGUUACAAUGGUAAACUGAUUUGGAAGAUCAACAAUUACAGAGCACGAAAGCAGGAAGCAGCAGAGGGACGUGCACCUUCUCUUUUCAGCCAGCCCUUUUACACCAGUCGCUGUGGAUAUAGGUUAUGUGCUAGGGCAUACUUGUACGGAGAUGGCGCAGGCAAAGGAACACACCUAUCUUUGUUUUUUGUGGUUAUGAAAGGUGAUUAUGACUCUCUCUUGGCAUGGCCAUUCAAGCAAAAGGUCACCCUUUUACUGCUCGACCAGGGUCCUAAGAAAAACCAUAUUGUAGAGUUCUUUAAGGCUGAUGCCAGCAGCACUAGCUUUCAAAGGCCAGUUUCUGAAAUGAAUAUCGCAUCUGGAUGUCCAAAGUUUGUAUCUCACACUGUACUUGAAAGUGGGAAAACUGCAAUGUUUAUCAAAGAUGAUACAUUAUUUGUCAAAGUUAUUGUAGAUUUAUCUGAUCUUGAAGAUCUAUAAAAGAAUUUCCAAACAUUUAUAGCUAUUUAUGUAAUUCAGGGAAGACAUUUGCACAUGAA